AUGCUUUUCGCCGAUAAUAAUGGGUCGUACAAUGAAGCGACAUUGCUCACAUCGGACCAAUAUGAAACAGCUGCUAUGAAUUUCAACGGGACUUUGGCGUCUUAUUUGGGAGGAGGAGUUUUGAUUCUAAAAACACUAGCGGGAGAAUCAGUAGAAGUAAUCACUGAGCCAAAAUCAAAUAAAACAAUUGACAUAAUUGACGUAAAAAUCGUUCAAGUAGCUUUCUGUAUACUUUAUUCAAUUAUAUUUGUUCUUGGUGUUUUUGGCAACGUAUUAGUUUGUUAUGUCGUAUUCCGGAAUCGCGCUAUGCAAACAGUUACAAAUUUAUUUAUCACUAAUCUUGCAUUAUCCGAUAUACUUUUAUGUGUUUUUGCGGUCCCUCUAACUCCGAUGUAUACUUUUCUUGGACGAUGGGUUUUUGGAAGGCUGUUAUGUCAUUUAAUGCCUUACGCACAAGGCACAAGCGUCUACAUAUCAACUUUAACUCUAACAUCAAUAGCUAUAGAUAGAUUCUUCGUAAUUAUUUAUCCCUUUCAUCCACGAAUGAAACUUAACACUUGCAUUUAUAUAAUCGUUUUUAUCUGGUUAUUCUCAUUGGUCGUCACGUGCCCUUAUGGUCUGUUUAUGGGCAUACAGAUUACUAAUAAUAAUACGUACUGCGAAGAAAGCUGGCCGUCUGACAAAUCUAGAAGAAUAUUUGGCGUUUUUACAACUGUACUUCAGUUUCUAAUACCAUUUCUAGUAAUAGCCAUAUGUUAUACUUGUGUAAGUAUAAGACUUAACGACAGAGCUCGCUCUAAGCCUGGUGCAAAAAACACUAGAAGGGAAGAAGCAGAUAGGGACAGAAAGAGGAGAACUAACAGAAUGCUUAUUUCGAUGGUUGCCAUAUUCGGAUUCUCUUGGUUGCCACUAAAUCUCAUAAAUAUUUUUAACGAUUUCUAUGCUCAGAUGACUGAAUGGAACUAUUACUUUGUCUCUUUCUUUUUGGCGCAUUCAAUGGCAAUGGCGUCGACUUGUUACAAUCCUUUCCUUUACGCCUGGUUAAACGAAAACUUUCGAAAGGAAUUUAAACAGGUAUUGCCUUUCUUUGAAUCGACGGGUGGUGUCAGAAACAGCUAUCACUCGGGCCGCAUGCCUACACACAAAGCUGACAAAGCAUGCAAUGGCAAUGAAACAAUUCAAGAAACUUUAUUGGCCUCCUCGUUCAACAGAGGGCCGUCGAUAAAACAGAAAGUACUCGAGGGUAAUGGGAAAAGGGACAAUUGUGUUGAAAUAGAAAGCAUAAUUUUAGAGGAUAAAACUGUCAUCGCUUCAUUUCAUACGAAAAGCGAGAAUGUGAAUUUGCAGUUGAUUGAUGAAGAACCACAAUUCACCGAAUCCAAACUAUCGAUACCUACUACGUAA